GCGGCCUCGCUGCCCUCCCCCACCAUUCCAGUGUCUUGCGCAAAUCUUUGACGGCCUCAGUUUCCCGACUAUGGUGGCGGCGGUGGUGGUGGGAUUGCAGAGAGCUGAUUUCGAGGGGAAUCAGGAGGGCCAAGUUUCCUAGCUUUAAAAUGUUUAAUAUCACUUCAGCCCCUCCCCCUCCCCCAAGUCUUCUGCUCCUUUCGCACGCCCAGGCCGUCCCACACCUGCUAGGGUCCUCUGCCGCUGUGCCCCACGAUGUCGCUGCUGCUGCUGCUGCUGCUGCUACUGGGACGCAUACCUUACCUCAGCCAGGCCUCCCAUGUACACCGGCGUGGGCUCCUAGAACUGGCAGGGACUGUGAAUUGUGUUGGCACCCGCACCCCCGUGGCCUACGUGAACUACGGUUGCUAUUGUGGCCUGGGUGGCAAUGGCCAGCCCCGGGACGCCAUCGACUGGUGCUGUUAUCGCCACGACUGCUGCUACAUCCGUGCUGAGAAGAUGGGCUGCAUGCCCAAGUUGGAGGGCUACUCCUGGCGGUGCGUCAACCAGAGCAUCGUGUGUGAACCAACGGAGGACAAAUGCAAACAACUCUUAUGCAAGUGUGACCAGGAGGUUGCUUACUGUUUAGCCCCAACUACGUACAACUUAAAGUACCUCUUCUACCCCCGUUUCUUAUGUGAGAGGGACCCACCCAAAUGUGACUAACUAGACUGACUUGAAAUGUCCUUUUGCACGAGGAAAUAAAACUCCCUUUCACUAUCAACAGCUGCAUUCAGU